AUGGGUUCCCAAGCAGGCAUGUUGUCCAUGCUCCUCAGGGUAUUUCAGAGAGAGAAUAGAAUACACACAGACACCAGACCAAGGCAGAAGGAGGCUGGCCGCCCAUCAUGGUGGGAAAGGGCAAGAAACAACUGGUCAUGGAGAAGGCACAGGUCUGCUGGGGAGGCUUCACCCCAAGCCCCCACUAUCAAUGAGCAGGAGAAGAGACAGGAGAGGUUGCAGAAGCUCAAAAGAGAGCUCCAGAACAUAAAAAAUGCCAGAGACGAACUUCAGGGAAUACUGGCCAACUACACUAACAAGGAUUUAAAUGACAGGAUCAACUUUGAGACAUUCAUGCUUGAGAUGCAACAUGACCAGGUGAUGACUGACCUGAAGUGUAUGCCCCAGGACAUCAGUGAGGCCUUGUCCAAGUGCAAGCAGUUGACUAAAGAAAAUCAGUUCUACUGGUCUGAAAUAUUCUGCAGAAGCUCAAACAGAUCAGAGACCAGGUCAAGAUCUUGCUCAGACACAACUGUUUACCAGGAGCACUGGGUGUGCAAAGCAAAUUAACCACCAUUGCAUCUAAUCCUUGUAACCAUGGCAAUCUUGGGCUGCAUUUUCUUCUUUUUUGGUUUGCUAUGGGUAAUGAGGCCUUUAUUUUGUGUAGCCUCUGGUCCAGCAAGACUGCCUGUUUGGAAGGCUUCAGAGAAGUGCUGAGAUACAUGAAGAUCUGCUCGGCAUCCAGGAGGGCUUUGAGAAUGCCAAUUUUGGCUGGUCCUGUUGGGUCAUCUAGAAUUAUAUCAUGGUGAUCAGUCAAGUGAAUUUGAAAAACUUUGAGGUAUCAUCCAUCUGUAACAUCUCUCAUGUUAGCCUUGGAAGGCCUAGUCCAUCAGCAGAACACCCACCCCAAUGAGGCAUGCCUUUAUUCAUCUUGAACAGAUUAUUACCAUCAGUGACUGCCUUUGCACUAUUUCACCAAGGCCAGCAAUAGGCUGUAGGUCUGUGCUGAACAUCUGCUGCAAGAGAAUGAUGCUUAGCUUAAUUAUUUUGUUUGGUUUUUGGUUAGAGUUUUGAUUUCUUUGUAUCUUUGGUUUUCCUGUGUUUUCAUUCAAAGUUUCAUUAUAUAUUCAUUAUCUUUUUGUUACUGUAAUUAA